AUGCCUACUCCCGAGUCCGAGAACUUCAAAUCGAUGAAGCCCAAGGUCGCCCCCACCUUCAAUGGUGUGGACUUUAGCGACCCCAAGGCCUUCAAGGCGGCCGAAGAUGCUAUCAUCCGCGAGCAAUGGGUCGGCGCCAUGAUGAUCCGUCUUGUUGGCGAGGAGAUGAACAAGUGCUAUAUGCGUGAGGGUGUCAACCACCUCGAGAACUGCGGGCACCUACGAGAACGUUACCUCCAGCUCCUGGCUGCGAACAAGAUCAAGGGCACCAAGUUCCAACAACAAAACUACAUGACAAAGCAAGACGAGGCGGUCGACUUGGAGGCCAAGGUUCACCCCAUCAACAGGAUCGCUCAGCUCAAAGAGGACCCCAAGGGUGCUAGACCCUAG